AGUAGUGCAGUGUACGAUACCGCUAUACUAAAUGGGAGUCCCCUAAAUCUCUAGGACGAUAAAAUAACAGAUAAAAUAUGGUGUAGGAAUCGAGAGUUGCGUUGAAUAGUUAUCGGAAUAUCAUGGCCGACAUAGCAAUUGGUAUAGAUUUCGGAACUACAAAUUCUUGUGUUUGCGUGUACAGAAAAAGUGCGCUCGAAGUUUUAGAAAACUCAGAUGGGGGAAGAUUAACACCGUCUUACGUGUUUUUUCUGCAGAAACCUGGAGCACCGAUCGUCGGCCAAUGUGCUAAAAAAAUGUCAGACAUGCUACCAAGCAACGGAAUUUAUGAAAUAAAGCGAUUUGUUGGGAAAAGUUUCAACAGCCUUAAAAAAAAUUUACCAUACUAUUCCUUCGAUGUGAAAAACGAUUCUGGUACCCCAGUGAUUUUAAUAGAACGGGAGAACGGAACAGUGAAGUUAACACCCCAAGAAGUGUGCGCCUUAAUUUUCACAAAAUUAAAGAAAGACGUCGAAACUAAGUUAGGACAUGCUGUUAGCAAAGCUGUUAUAACAGUACCAGCAUAUUUUAAGUCGAUCGAGCGAGAAGUUAUUUUAGCUGCAGCUAAUCAGGCUGGAUUUACCGUUCUGAAGCUUUUUAACGAACCUACGGCAGCAGCUUUGAGUUUUUACUAUAAAAAAGACAUUAGAAGUGAGUCUUAUUCGUUGGUUUACGAUUUAGGUGGCGGUACUUUUGAUGUGUCCGUUCUAAAAAAGCAUUCUAACAACAUUGACAUCAUCGGUGUGGACGGAGAUACAAAUCUAGGAGGAAAGGAUUUCGAUAAUCUUAUCAUAGAGGAACUCGCAAAAACCUAUAGAUAUUAUCCUAAAAAAGAAAGAAGAGAGAUACGUAGAUUACAAAAUAAAUGUGAAGAGGCCAAAAUUGAGUUGUCAACAGCCGAACAGACAAUCAUCAUUCUGGAUGGGUUUGUGCCUAACCAACGCGUUGUGACGAUUGAGUUGAGUCGGCAGCAGUUUGAGUCCAGAGCUCAGAAUUUGUUCGAGAGGACCAUCAAAAUCGUCGACAGGUGUCUUAAAUCUUCAAAAGUACCGAUUAAUAAAAUCAAUAACGUUAUCCUAUCGGGAGGUUCUAGUCGCAUUCCAAAAAUCCAAGAGAUGUUGUCCAAUUAUUUUAACGGAAAAUCUUUAACCAAGUUUGUAAAUUUGGAUGAAUGUGUGGCCGAAGGAGCUGCUCUUCAGGCUGCAAUGUUGGCCAAUAGUUCGAAACAAAAAAUAAGAAAAAUGAAAAUGACCGAUGUUGUUCCGUUAUCACUCGGGGUGAUGGAUUAUGUGAAUCGAAUGCAUUUUAUUGUAAGAAAAGAUACUCCAAUACCCGCAGAAAACACUCUACAAUUUCGUACAACCGAAGAUCAACAGACGUCUUUACGGUUUGAUGUGUAUGAAGGUGAACGUGUCGAAGCGACGAAAAAUCGUUAUUUGGGUUUUUUGACUUUAAACAAUAUCACUCCUGCACCACCACGAUUGUGUAGAGUUCUGGUAACAGUAAUAGUUGAUCAAAAUGGUAUAUUAAAAAUUAAAGCGUCGGAGGUGUUGCGCAAUAAUUCUAAAGAAUUAAAUUUGUCGUAUACGAGAGGUUGGAGAAGUGAGGAUGAAAUUGUGAGUACGUUGGUAGACGCUGAAGAGCACGAAGCUCAAGAUGACUCUUUCGAAAACUUUGCGGCUCUAAAAGAGUACCUAUUGAGCUAUUGCGAGGCAGUGCAAUAUAAUCUGAGGUUUUUGAAAUUAAUCAGAAAACACAAGGCAAUUCAUGAUUUGUGUGAGAAUACAAAAAAUGUUGCGGUGUCUUUAGGUAUUGAUAAAAUACAUGAGGUACAAAGUAUGUUGGCCGAAGUUCAAUACGAAUGUGAAAAAUUUGCCCAAUGUUACAAUUUUGAGUGUAUGCCUCCUUGCUGAAUUAUACUUUAAUUAUUAUCUUUCGAUUUAAAUUGACAAAUUAUGGUAUGUUUUGUGUGAAAUAAAUGUUAUAUUUUUUUUUAUUAAAUAUAACCAUUAGAAAUAAGACUGUUUAAUUAAAAAAUAAAGAAAAAUCUAAAACGC